AUGCCGCCAAAAGCCGCAGGCAAUCGUCAGCCAGGGUCACGGCGCCCCAUUAACGUGGAUUCCGCAAGCUCGACGCCGGAAGUUGCAGGCACAUUGUCCGCACGAGCUACUCCCGCCGCGCGAGGCGGACCAGUCCAGCGCCUUCAGACUCUGAAAAAACGCACCCCGUCAGGAAGCCUCGUGCCGCUGAAUUCAGAUGGAACGGCGCCGAAACCAACGUUAAAAUAUCAGCCGAAAGCCGUUGUUCGUCGGAGUAAGGAGGAGCGGGAGGCCAGGGAGCGGCUCGAGGCGGAGAGACAAAGAGAACGGAUUUCGGAAGCUGCUGCGACAAGGCGGACUGCUGCGCGGGGCGAUCGCGGACGGGGGAGGGGGAGAGGGAGGGGAGGAGCGUUUGGCCGAAUCGCUGCAGAUGCCGGCGGGCCCUUGGGCUCUGGAAGGAGUGGUAGGUUUGGGGUUAAAUACGACCAGGCUGGCGGCAAGCGAUCUGGUAUCUAUGGCGGGGGAAGCGGGGAUGUUUCGUCCGAUGAAGGGAGUGAUUACGGGCCACGGUUCAGCAUCGACCAAAUCAAUAUCAGUAGCGACUCCGAAGGUGAGACGGCGGAUGUUGGGAAAGGAAAAGCGCCGGCGAAGAUGGCUUCAGCAGGGUCUCGGGGGCUCCGACCCAUUCGUGUUGAACGACAAGAACAUGUGGAGCGCACGGUCGAUAUCAAUACCGAGGCCAGCUCGAGUAAAUCAGCCGAGCUGAGACGGCAGGCGAAAGAGAAAGCUGGGAAGGACGACAGCUUAUUUGUUGAAUCGGACGAUGAGGUGAUUGAAGGGCCAGCCGACGUGGAGAUGGUUGAUUCAACAGCGGAAGCGGGCCCGCAGUUGAAGGAAGAGCCUACAGAUACAGGCGCCGGAAUUGCGGACGAUGUUCCCGCUGCCAUCGAUGACACCGGUGCACCCUCUAUUCCGAAAAAGGCGCCCAAGAAGACUAUUAUCAAAGAUCCGCGAAGCCUAUUCCAAACCAAGGAAGAACGACAAGAAUAUGAUCGAUACGAACAAGACAUAGAGCAACUGAAGGAAACUCUAGGAAACAUAUCGACGACUGACACGACGCUCGGCGACCAAGCAGAUGACGAGGCCAAAGUCAAGAACGAAGCGAUAAAGGACGAACGCCAGGGCCGCCUCUUCCUCCUCCAAUUCCCACCCAUGACUCCGAACCUCAUGGCCCCGUCCGCGCGAAAGAACGACGUCGAAGAAGCGACCAGCACACCUGCAACCCAAGCACCCGAAUCAAUCACGAUCAAAGCGGAAAACGGCACGGCCACGCAGAUUCCCCUGGACGGCGGCCCCACGAACCCCCCCGUCCCCGGCAAAUCCGCCUCCUCACAUCCCCUGAUCUCCGCGACAAAUAGUAGCCUCCCACCUGGGCGGGUUGGCAAGUUGAACAUCCACAAGUCCGGUCGAGCGACGAUAGACUGGGGGGGGAUCAGUCUGGAAUUAAACAAGGGCAGCGAUGUCGACUUUUUACAAGACGCGGUUGUCGCAUCGGAUUCUAAACCGGGAGACAACAGCGGGUCAGACCGGAAAAUCUGGGCCAUGUCGCAGGUCAGUGGGAAGUUCGUGGUCACGCCGGAUUGGGAUAAAUUGCUUGACGAAUGA